UAAUAAGUGGAUUGUAACAAUUUAAUACAUCUAUUUACCACUUGACACUAUCCGAGGUCCUCUGAAGCUUAAAUAUGAAUUCGUACUUCUACGAUAUUACCUCUUUACAAUUACGUGGAUGUAGAGUCCUAUAAUCCGGCCCAACACAACCGCAUCUGGUUCACCCCAUUGAUAUAAACUCAGGCAUGGCGUCUGGUAAAGUGGAAGCCAAUAACACCGUCGCUUCUGAGGAGAGCACGCAAAAUGGCACACCUGCAGCAACUGGGUUCUCUCGUCUUCUUCGCCGGCAUAGUCCCGGCUCAAGACAACAUGCUCGAGAUUCAAUGGAUUCUUUAGAUAGGAUCUUUGAUACUCGUACCGAAUCAGAAGCCCGCCGCCUUCCAGCUGCCCAAAGAUCCAUGACCUCGGAGGAUAAACACUAUGCAAACAAUUCUUAUGGGAUCGCCGAGCUGAGGGAUGGUUUCUUCGAUGCCGUUUUUCUCCCCCCAGAGGAAGUGGAUUUCCAGGAACUCAUGAGACAAGCCCAGCUGACUCUUCCAUACGCCUUUAGAAAGAAGGAUCCCCUUUCUAUACGGAAUUUCUUCCCUAAGCAGUGGCAUGAAGUGAAAGGGGUCAUUCGCCGUGUUACUACUACAAGAUCUGGCAUUCGACUUCUUAAAUCUUUUCUUGCUUUCUUUAUAGCAUAUAUCCUUUGCCUUAUCCCGCCAGUUCAGGAUAGACUUGGCCGUUAUAGUUACAUUAUGGUAAUAUCAGCUAUCCUUAAUCACUCGGGUAGAACAUUGGGGGCCCAGGUCGACGGAACGAUUCUAACAAUAGUUGGCACAGCGACUGGGUUAGGAUGGGGUGCUUUUGGGCUGUGGGUAUCUACCGCAUCGGCGCCAGCACGCAUAGGUUAUGGCGGAGUCCUUGCUGUCUUCCUCUUCUUAUACGUAUUUUCAAUCGCUUGUCUUCGUUCGUAUUAUAUCCGUACCUAUCAGGCCGUCAUCAGCGCUGGAAUCGCGAUCGCAUAUACCUGCCUAGCCGAAGUAUCAGGAACUGAAGUUUCAUGGUCUAAACUCCUCGACUACGGAAUUCCUUGGGUUCUAGGACAAGCCAUUUCUCUUCUCGUAUGUUUUACGGUUGUCCCUGAUGCAGGCGCGCGCCCAUUAGCCGUCGCUCUACAUCAGGCAUUCUCUGUCAUGCUGGAUGGUCUCGGAUUGACAAGGCUAGAAAGCAUAAGAACACGCCGGAGAUUAACGCAGACUUUUGUCAGCAUGUCGCAGGCUUACAGAGAUCUAGUGAUCGAUUUUUCUAUGACACUUUUUGACCCGAAAGACGUUCUAGAGCUUCGAAAUCUCAUUCAAGGGGUCAUCCGCGCACUUCUCAGCUUGAAUAGCGAAACUAGAGUCCUUGAUGGACCAGAGGACGCUCCAUGUAAUAGACUAAGCCGAGACCGCCCUAUACUCGACGAGUUUGUCGUUAGCAUGGACCAAAAAACUCGUGUAUCAGGUAGCGAGGAAGAAAAGAAGUUAGCGAAGUUCGUUGCCAGCAGCUUGGCCGAGCCUACAGAUAAAAUUCUUCUGUCUAUGGAAUCCGCCUUGAAGACUUGCGAUGCUGUCCUAAUGGAUAUGUGUGGCCAUCGCCAAUAUCUGGGCCCCCCAAAGGACGUGUCAAGCGAUAUCCCAGGGUCGCUUGUAAAGCUGCGCAGACGUAUCAUAGCAUUCAGCGAGUGUCAAGAUAACGUGUUAGCGAGCGGGAAAUUGCCCUCAACAUACGCUGACUCCCCCGAUGUUGUUAAGCUUUUCACUUACUGCCGACCCGUCCACCAAGCCGCAACGGCGAUUGAGGCAUUACUGGUAAAAGUUAAUCAGAUGCAACAGACACGGCCGAAACACUCGAUGUUUUAUUUGCCGUCCUAUCCAUUUUGGAAGGCGUUGCACCGUACGAAUGCACAGGUUCGACAUGAUCGAGGCGGUGUAACAGCAGGUUCCUACUUCAAAAGCUUCAACGAUAUAGCUGUAAUCAUCCAGAAAAUCAAGUCUAGGGAUUUUCAACCCUUGCCAAGGAAGGAAAAUGAGGGUGCUGAUAAAGGCCAUGAUACUUCAUAUGCAUCAAUGACAGCGGAUGAACUCGAGGAUGAAUUGGGUACAAAUACGAAUCAUGUACGGCACAAGAUAUGGGGCUUUCUUCAUCGACUACAAGGCUUUGAGACACGAUUUGGGCUUAAAACAGCUGCGAUUACUUCUCUACUAUCUAUACCCGCUUGGCUCCCUGAGGCCCAUGAGUGGUGGGAUGGCUAUGAAGUAUGGUGGGCUGUCGUAAUGGCAUGGCUUAUGAUGGGCCCUCGAACUGGCGGAAACAUCCAAGAUCUUUUCACACGUGCGCUUUGUGCUGUUCUUGGCUCGCUUUGGGCCGGUCUAUCAUACGCCGCGGGGAAUGGUAACCCUUACGUUAUCGCAGUCUUUGCCGUUAUCUUCAUGCUCCCUAUGAUUUAUAGGUAUACGCAGAGCACACAUCCGAGGUCUGGGCUCGUAGGUUGUGUCUCAUUUACGGUUGUAUCGCUAUCAGAAGUCGCUGCACAAGGCAAACCCUCGCCAGCUACAAUCGCCGCGACACAUGGUGUUGCCAUGGUCGUUGGAGUGGUCGCAUCCGUCAUUGUGAACUGGGUGCUCUGGCCAUUUGUUGCUCGCCAUGACCUUCGAAAAGCUGUAGCUUCCAUGAUGUUCUAUUGUAGUAUCGUCUACAGAAGUAUCGUGUCAAGAUAUGUUUACUACGAAGAAGGGGACGAACCUACUAAAGAAGAUAUACGUUCAUCCGAGGUACUCGAGGGGCGAUUGCGAGAAGGAUUUGUGAGAUUGAGACAGCUGUUGGGUCUCACACGCCACGAGAUACGACUCCGAGCCCCUUUCGACCCUUUACCGUAUUCGGCGCUUAUUGAUGCUUGCGAAAGAUUCUUCGAAUAUAUCGUCACUGCUCGACAAGCGUCUUUAUUUUAUCAUCCCCAUUUUAUUAGAGACAAUACCGACUUUGCCGCAGCUUUGCUGGGUCAUAGAAGAGAUGCGAUUGCAACCAUCUUGACCAAUCUUUACGUCCUUUCUGGGGCGCUGCGCGCCGACAGAAAAGUGCCCAAAUAUCUCCCAAGCGCAGCGGCAUCAAGGAAGCAACUAUUAGACAUGAUGGGAGCACUGGAGGCUGAACUCGCGGCAAGUGGAAAAUUAAGUGCUGAUGAAAAGUCCGAAGGGAGAAAGUGGGCCCAGAUAUACAGCUAUUCGUAUAAUGAGAGCCUGACGGGCUGCGUUGAGCAGUUGGAAGAGCUGGAGAAAUAUACCAAGGCCAUCGUCGGCGAACAAGGGUUCGACGGCCCCUACACAGACCAAAACUGGUCGAUGAGUUGAAAUAUCUCCUAUACGAAGCAGAAGUGGCGUGUUUAGGUAAUGCUUCCUACCGACACCAUCCACGGCGAUUUAUGGCCUUCGAAGCCCUUCAAAGCAGUCUGACCAUUUGAAGCCGAAGACUCAACAUUAAUGGCUGAUAAAAUACCUAUAGAUGACUUGUCUAUUAUAUUUUUAUGAGAUACGAUCUAGCCAAUCAUGAUGAAGUGAAUUGAUACGGACGAAUAAUGCAAAAAGUCAGCUCACGCAUAAUAUGUGCUGUCCACGUUGCGGAACGAUUGGUCAAUUCCCUCUCCGAGAUCUUCUCCACUUCGGCUGCGCGGUAGCCUCAGUGAGUCUUCUAUCCCGAUUCAAAUCUCCCCACAUAAGAAAUUACGCCCUCGGGGAUUAAAGAGGACUUUUAUUUUAUAUCAAACUUGGCAUUCAGGCACGUGUAGCGUCGCCGUUCUUCUCCAUUCAGAAAUCUUUUGAAGAUGGAAUUUAGGGCAGUGCUCGAUUCCACGUGGAUUUUAGAUCGAAUAGCGUGACCCAACCUGCUGGGCUCAUCAACACUUGGCGCCUAGACGCUUUAUAUGAAGACUGCGUACUGCCCCUAGUGAGAUGGCAUCUGAUCGCCAGCGUCCAAAAGUUUUUAUUCCUUAGGUCGCUAU